AUGUACGACGACACAAUCCCCGACCUGUGUAUGUUCGGCGGGCCAAUGGACGACCUGGACGAGAAGGACCUUAACGAAGCAAUUGCCGACUCCAUCCACAUCAACCCUCGCAAUGGAACUCUGGGGCUCCCCAUCACCGGUUCCGGGAUGGACCAAAGAAAGCCCAAACUUGCCAUGAUGGUGGGUAAAUUCUGGAAACCUGGCAGUGAACUGCGUAUUGCUUUCAUGAGCGGCACACCAUGGCAACAUGACCAGGUCAAGAAGUUCGCUCCCAUCUGGACGCAGUACGCCAAUUUGAAGUUCAAAUUCGUCGACUACGAUAAAUCAUCGCCGCCAGACAUACUGAUCAACUUUGACCCAUCCAGGGGUUCUAAUUCUUACUUGGGGACCGACAGUGCUGGCGUCGCUAGACAUGGUAGGCACUCUAUGAAUCUGGGUUGGAUUAAUGAGAAGACCAGCGAGAACGCAAGGCGUUCAACUAUCCUCCACGAAUUCGGGCACGCCCUAGGUGCGGCCCACGAGCAUUCCAGUCCGCGCGCUGAGAUCAACUGGAACAAAGAAGCUGUGUAUGCAAGGUAUUCAGGCCCGCCAAACAAGUGGGACAAAGCAAAGAUCGACCAUAAUGUGCUUCGGAAGAUUCCGGACAAGUAUACCAAAGCCACCGAGUUUGAUCCCGAUUCAAUCAUGCUCUAUGCCUUCCCAGGCUCGCUGACAAUGGAUGGGAAGGGAACCGAGCGCAAACACUUCCUCUCUGCUCGGGACAAGGAGUUCAUGCGAUUCAUCUAUCCCUUCGACACCCACGAUGUGGGCAUGUUCAACACUAUAGAGGUUGCAACCGGCAACAAGUCGCAGCAGUUGUUCGUCACCACCGUUCCCUGGAACAGGAAGUAUUCCUCGCCUCCGGCAAUGGUCUGGGGGUUCAAUCAUCUGGAUAUCCCCUCUAAUCGGAAUCUCAGGAUCCAGGCCAAUAUUACUGACAAAGGUCUGGACCAUUUCAAAGCAAGGAUCGGGACAUGGAUGAACAGUGAGAUCCACUCUGCUGGAAUGACGUGGAUGGAAGUUGGCCCCGACUGCGGUUUUGUCCAUACUGGAAGUGUCUCCCUUCGCGAUAUUCCUGGCUGGCAAAGGAAACCUAGUCAGAACUCAAAGCGUGUCACCUUCUCGACACCAUUCAAACACCAGCCCAAGGUUGUCUGCUUCCUGACACUCCUGGACUUUUUCCAGGGUGAAGAUUGGCAUGUCAAGACCUACGCGACAAAUAUCGACCACACUGGCUUCACCAUCCACAUGGAUACCAGGUCGAGUGGCGUUAUGCAUGGGGUUUGUGUCAGUUGGUUUGCCUAUGAGGCUGGCCGACCGGACAUGAUUAGCGGACGCUUUUCGACAAACGACAUCCGGGUGCCGAGCCAGCACAGGCAUGAUGCGACGUCCGCUGUGAUCUUUGACAAGACCUUCUCGCGUACGCCCAAGGUCUUGUUGGCCCUGGAUGAGCUGGACUAUGCCCAGGCAAAAGACCUGCGCCUGCGAGUCAGCACAUCGAUGGUGUCAAAGGAUGGUUUUACCUGGCAUCUCCAGUCUUGGGACGAUUCAAUAAUGUACAGUGCCGGCGCGUCCUACCUUGCCUGGGCUGAGACAGAAAAGUCCAAGUCUAACUUGAAUGGAAGUGGGAUUGUGAUUGUAUAG